AUGAUCUUCUCCAACCCCAUCUCCUCUACUAGCUGUGACCUGCCUCUGAACCACAUCCUGGUCAGCAGGGAGAACUUCAUGCUUCUGAGCCAAAUGAGGAAAAUCUCCUUUUCCCUCUGUCUGGAGAACAGAAAUGACUUCAGACUCUCCCAGGAAACAGUAGAUAGAGGUGAGGUCCAGAAAGCUCAGGCCACUUCUGUCCACUACAAGAUGCUCCAGCAGAUCUUGAAACUCUUCCUCACAGAGCGGUCCUCUGUUGCCUGGAACACAACCGUGCUGGACAAACUCUGCACUGGACUCUAUCAGCAGCUGGAAGACCUGGACACCUGUUUGGUGCAGGAGACAGGACAGGCAGAACCUGCCCUGGGAAAGAAGGACCCUACACUGGCCGUAAAGAGGUACUUCUUGGGCAUCCGUCUCUACUUGAAAGAGAAGAAAUACAGUGACUGUGCCUGGGAGGUUGUCAGAGUAGAAAUCAGGAGGUGUUUUUUCUUUGUUAACAACCUCAUAAGAAAAAAACUCAGGAAAUAA